UGGAAACGAGGCUCUGUACGUGGCGAAGAAAAUUCUGUGGAAAUUGUGUCAAAUAAUUUGAUAAUUUAUUAUAAUUUCGUCGGGUUUUAGUCAUUAUUUCUACCUAGGUGUAUAGUUAAACGUCUCCAGAAUGUCUGCGGCUGGAGAAUUCGGGAAUCCACUGAGGAAAUUCAAGUUAGUUUUUCUCGGGGAGCAGAGCGUUGGAAAAACCUCAAUUAUCACAAGAUUCAUGUAUGACAGUUUUGACAACACAUACCAGGCAACUAUAGGCAUAGAUUUCCUCUCAAAAACAAUGUACUUAGAAGAUAGAACAAUACGAUUACAACUAUGGGACACCGCUGGUCAAGAGAGGUUCCGAAGUUUAAUACCUAGUUAUAUUCGAGACAGUUCAGUAGCAGUAGUUGUAUAUGACAUAACAAAUGCAAAUUCCUUCCAACAGACUUCUAAAUGGAUAGAUGAUGUUAGAACGGAACGAGGCACAGACGUAAUCAUAAUGCUUGUAGGCAACAAAACUGAUCUCUCAGAUAAAAGGCAAGUUUCUACAGAAGAGGGAGAAAGGAAGGCCAAGGAAUUAAAUGUUAUGUUUAUUGAAACUAGUGCAAAAGCUGGAUAUAAUGUAAAACAAUUAUUUAGGCGAGUAGCUGCAGCGUUACCGGGGAUGGAACAAACAGACCAGAAAAAGGGUGAAGACAUGAUUGAAGUGAAGCUAAAGGACACCCCCACUGAACCUGAAACCAAAGAGAGUGGGUGUAGCUGCUAAAAUGAAAGUACAAGCCUUCUGAUUGGUCAAUUAGUAUGUUACAGACAUUCUCAUUGGUUGAACACAACCUGAACUUGAAUUGACUGUUUUGAGACCAGACCUCUGAUUGGCCAAUCCUGACUGGAGGAAGUAAAUUUCAGUUGAUGUAACAAUGCUGCUGAUCGGUUGAAAUUUAUUUCCAUGUGUGGCAGGUGAAAAUUCGAAACACAUGGUGCAUAAAAUGUAUAUUCUUCAAAAGGAAAUCAUGUUUUUAUAAAUAUGCAAAUCAAAAAUUAGUCCAGAAUAAUCUGGAUGUGUUUACUAGGGAUGUAGAAAUGGCCAAGCAGUUAGUGAUUGUCAGUAAGUAGGAUAUACAGAAGGAUGUACUCCCAGAAUCCUUUUCUCAAUGUACCCAUGUACCAUAAAUUCAUAAAGGUACUGGAGAAUUGUGGGAUGUGAUGUCAUGCUGUGGAAUAGUGGCUACUUAAAAGGGGAUGUAUUAUUCAUGGUUCGAUCAAGUAUUUACUAAAUAGCACAGGGGGGUUACACAGAAGUGUACAGUGUAUAUACAGCAUUUGGUGUAAUAUGAUGUGUUAAUCCAUUCACACUCUCGAGCAUAUUAUAGUCUGAUUACGAAUGUUUCGUCAUAUCAAAAAAUGUCAAAUGUUCAACGAAUUUGAACGAUGAAAAAGUCACAAGAACAAAAUAUUAAGCCGCAGUAUUUAUUAUUACGUUUUGUAGCUUCAUAUAUAAAAGUUGAUUCUCAGUCAAUGUUUUCAGCUUGCUGUUUAUAUCCAUCAUU